AUGAACUCCGCCCAUCCCUUUUCUUACUGAAGUCGAGGGAGUAUCAAAGAUUUCCAGCUUCUGCUGAGGAUAAUAUGAGGGACAUUUGCAGCAGAAGAGACGACCAACCAGAGCCAAACUGCUACUGAUGGAGUUUUUUUCUGAUAAUAUAUAUUUAAGGAUUUAAUAUAAAUUAAUUCUAAGGAAAAGACUCGGUUUUCCAACAUUGAAUGGAUUUAACAGAGAGUCAUCUGCCAAGGACCCUCUUCGACCCCCUUGACAAGGAAAUCUUCAGAUAUUGUCGACGCUCCAGCUUGUCUUGAUGGGUUGUCUCAACCUCACAGGUGGAAAUGAGACUUUUCUUGGCAAGCACCCUUUCAACGCUCAGAUCUCAGUGUCACUCACAUGUCUGGUUUGCAUGCUCAUCCUGCUAACAGUGUUUGGCAAUGUGAUGGUGGUCAUUGCGGUCAUCACAUGCCGCGUUCUGAAAGCACCUCAGAACUUGUUCCUAGUGUCUCUGGCAUGCGCAGACAUCCUGGUUGCUACCUUAGUUAUGCCUUUCUCCUUAGCCAAUGAAUUGAUGGGUUACUGGUACUUUGGUAAAGUGUGGUGUGAAAUCCACUCUGCUCUCGACGUGCUCUUCUGCACGUCAUCUAUCGUCCACCUGUGUGCAAUAAGCCUGGACAGGUACUGGUCUGUCACUAAAGCCAUCGAGUAUAAUCUGAAAAGGACACCGUGCAGAAUUAAAUGCACUAUUGGUCUGGUUUGGGUUAUUGCAGCCAUUAUUUCAUUUCCUCCACUUAUAACAAUGAAGAAGAACAGGGGAGUAAACAACAGCCGUGUAUGCAAAAUAAAUGAAGAGAAAUGGUAUAUUAUUUUUUCCAGUACUGCAUCUUUCUUUGCACCUUGUGUCAUUAUGAUUAUGGUAUAUGUACGGAUUUACCAAGUAGCCAUCAGGAGAACUAGAGGUCCACCAGGAGAGAGACGAACAAAGAACUCUGACUCCCCACAAACAAAAGACAGAAACGUGGAUGAAGUCAACGAAGUUAAAAGUCAAGGGAUCAAUGGACUCGACGUAGACGAGGAACCGUCCUCAUCAGACGAGAAUGAAACCUGCCUACGCUCUCUGAGCAGGAAAAUCGAUGUGAGGAAGACCGACGCGACUGAAGCCAAGCCAUCUCCGAAAGCAGAGGCACCGUCUCCGGUGAGAGUGAGCAGGUGGAAGGGGAGGCAGUACAGAGAGAGGCGCUUCACCUUUGUUCUGGCUGUGGUCAUGGGAGUGUUUGUUCUCUGCUGGUUCCCCUUUUUCUUCACGUACACACUCACAGCUGUGUGUGACACCUGCUGCGUCCCAGAGACACUCUUCAAAAUGUUCUUUUGGUUUGGCUACUGCAAUAGCUCGUUAAAUCCUCUCAUUUACACAAUAUUUAAUGAUGAUUUUAGGAAGUCUUUUAAAAGAAUUCUUUGUAAAAGGGACUUGGGUCUGUAG